AUGUCCGUUGAAUACUCGGGCUAUCUUCAGAAGACGGGUGGGAAAUUCUACAAAAAGAACCAGACCCGCUAUUUUGAGCUCCGUGGCCCUAUGCUGUGCUACUGGAAGAGGCGUCCCUCUGGACCCCACGUUUCUCCAACGGGCACCAUCGAUCUUACCAACGCUCGCUUCGUCGAGAACCCAAAGGACCCUAGAUCAUGGACAAUUGAGGGGGACCACCUCUCCAAGACGUUCACGCUUACUGCUGACACAGAGGAGCAGAGGGAAGCGUGGGUAAGGGAGAUGUCGAAGGUGAAACCGGAAAAUAGGGAACAGCCCAGUACGGCGGUUCAAAGCAGUGGUGACGUUCAUGCAGUCACUUUGUAUACUGGGGGACGUCACAAAGUUUCCCUGGAUGACUUUGAACUUAAAGCUACCAUUGGGGCUGGUUCAUUCAGCAAUGUGUUUGUGGCUCGCGAAAAGAGCACGGACAAAGUGUAUGCUAUAAAAGAAAUGGGGAAGGAACUUAUUCAGCAACACAAUAUGCUUUCAAAUAUUGCCGCAGAAAAACACAUCCUACAAACGAUCAGUCACCCCUUUAUUGUGUCACUCCAUUACGCCUUUGAGACGAAGAAAUGCUUGUACCUUGUGCUUGACUUUCUGCCCGGUGGGGAACUAUUUUUUCAUCUUGCCAAGGAGAAGGUGUUUGACGAGUAUCGUGCUAAGUUUUACUGCGGGGAAAUAGCUCUGGCAAUCGGAUACCUGCACAGUCUUGACAUCAUCUUUCGUGACCUUAAGCCGGAGAAUAUUGUACUGGACGAGGACGGUCACGCAUGCCUCACAGACUUUGGAUUGGCUAAAAUGAAUGUCAGUAAUGCCAGCAAUUUCACUUUCUGUGGCACAACUGAAUACAUAGCGCCUGAGUUUCUCCUGGGACAGCCGCACGGGCGGGCAGUUGAUUGGUGGGCUCUGGGUAUUUUACUGUAUGAGAUGAUAGAAGGCAUUCCGCCCUUUUUCAAUGAAAACUCCAACGAAAUGUACGAGGAGAUUCUCAAGGGGGAGUUGAAGUUUGGCGACGUCGGUGGCGAAGAGAGUGGCCUGCCUGUAAUAUCGGAGAACGCAAAGGCCCUCCUCCGCAGACUUUUAGAUCGCAAUCCCCAGACACGCCUUCAGGAUUUGGAGGAAUUCAAAAAACAUCCUUUUUUUGAGGAUAUUGACUGGGUGAAGCUCAGUCGGCGGGAGAUUCAACCGCCAUUCCGCCCUAGUAGCAAUAUAUUGUGCAACUUUGACGAGGAUUUUACUUCCAAGGAACCCCGGGCGGGUUUUCAAGAGGAGGAUGGGGGUGAACACGGCAAUAUUGCCUGCUUUUCCUUUGAUGGACAAAUGGGUCCUGCUUAG